AUGCAUGCUUUACUUUUCCCUCAGAAGCAAAGAAGAGAGAAGUUGAACAAACAAUUUGGGCGUUUUCUAGAAAUGCUCGAGCAGGUGCAUGUUAAUGUACCUUUCACAGAGGUGCUUUCACAGAUGCCAACAUAUGCCAAGUUUAUAAAGGAGAUAUUGUCCAACAAGAAAAAGGUGGAAGAGACAUUGGUGGUCAAGCUCACAGAGCAUUGUAGUGCCAUUCUGCAGAAUAAGCUCCCUCAAAAGAAAUUAGAGGGAGAGAUUGGAGAAAUCAGGUCUAUACUUGUGUCCUUGCAGCUGGCGGAUCAGACCACAAUCAUACCUGAAGGAAUAGUGGAGGAUGUGCUAGUUUGGGUGGACAAAUUUGUGUUCCCUGUGGAUUUCAUUGUGGUGAACAUGGAGGAGAAUAAGGAGGCCCCUCUAAUUCUAGGGAGACCCUUCUUAGCUACUGGCAGAGCAGUUCUAGACAUUCAAGCAAGGUAG